GGCCGCGGGCCGGGCUGGUUGGCUCCGUCCUCGGGCCUCAGGAGGCAGCUGGCUGCGGGGCGGGCCGGCCUAGGCCCUCCUCCUCCUCCUCCCUCAGGUCGGGCGGCCCGAGGGUAGCAGGAUGGGCGUCGAGUAGGCGCCGGCCUGCUCAGAGGAGCCCUCGCGCGAUGGCCGUGACAGGGCCUCGCUCCCGAGCGCCGCUUCCGCCUGGAAGCCUCUCGUGGCUCCGGGGCGCCUAAGAGGAGGACGACGAGGAGGAGGAGGCGCCUUCUUCCACCGUCCCGCGCCGCUCACCUCGGAUGUCCUGACUGAGGCCCGGGGCAAGCAGAAAUCUCUUCAGGAAAUGGCAUCUCCUAAAUCCUUAAUGCAUUUUUUGACCUUUACAUUUGGAUCAGCAAUUGGAUUUUUCUUAUGUUACUUGCUAUUUAGUCUAGUGUUGGAAGAACAAGUUAAAGUUGAGCCUCAUCUCGUUUACAACAACCCUCAUGUCCAUCAUUCAGAUGGUGAUGAUGAAAGCCAUCAGCUGAAAGGACAAAUGAAUUUCAAUGCAGAUGCUGGUCAACAUAAAGAUGAAAAUAAAAAUAUUGCUGAAGAACUGUACCAGAAAGUAAGAAUACUUUGUUGGGUGAUGACUGGACCUCAAAAUCUGGAAACGAAAGCCAAACAUGUCAAAGCUACUUGGGCCCAGCAUUGCAACAGAGUGCUAUUUAUGAGCUCUGAGGAAAACAAAGACUUCCCAACCGUGGGAUUAAAAACCAAAGAAGGCAGGGAUCAGUUGUAUUGGAAAACCAUCAAAGCUUUCCAGUAUGUACACGAUCACCAUCUUGAUGAAGCGGACUGGUUCAUGAAGGCAGAUGAUGACACGUAUGUUGCACUGGACAACUUGAGGUGGCUUCUUUCAAAACACAGUCCUGAAAAACCAAUUUAUUUUGGAAGGAAGUUUAAGCCUUUUGUGAAACAGGGCUACAUGAGCGGAGGUGCAGGUUAUGUGCUCAGCAAAGAAGCUCUGAAGAGAUUUGUGGAUGCUUUUAAGACCAACAAAUGUACUCAUAGCUCUUCCAUUGAAGACUUGGCAUUAGGCAAAUGCAUGGAAGGUAUUAAUGUAGAAGCUGGAGAUUCCAGGGAUACAACUGGCAAAGAAACUUUCCAUCCAUUUGUGCCAGAGCACCACUUAAUUAAGGGAUACCUACCCAAAACCUUUUGGUACUGGAAUUAUAACUACUACCCUCCCGUAGAGGGUCCUGGCUGCUGCUCUGACCUGGCAGUUUCUUUUCAUUAUGUUGAUGCCACCACUAUGUAUCAGCUGGAAUAUUUGUUUUAUCAUCUCCGUCCUUAUGGGUACCAGUUCAGAUACAAUCCUGAUGCUCCUAAGGAUCAAGGAAAACAAAAUUUAAGUGAUGCAGCAAAGGGUGAUAUAAAAGCCAAAGCUGAAAUGGAAAAGCCUUUGAAAUCCUCUAAAUAAAAUGUUUGGUACUGCACUGAAGGCGCCUUAUGGAAUGCUGAACUAUCACAUUUAGCUUACAGUAGAGCUAGAUGGAUUUCUUAAAUAAUUAUAAGUGUUCCUUCAUGUGGCUGCAGCCAGCAGAUUCUUUUCUAAUCAUGCUGGUAGCAAGGUCGUUUCACAUGCCAUGAGGACUGCAAGGUCAAGUCUAUAAAGCUUUGUAGUGAGGAAUGAAAUGUCUUUAAUCUUGAUUUAGUAAUGUAUGCACACAAAUCUUAUAUUGAAAGAAAUAUCUGUUUUUCACACUGACACACAAUAUGCAGUAUUUUAGUCGUUUUUAUCAUGAAACAAUGCUUUGUGUCAAUUCUUGGACACCUUCAAUUAAUUACAUUAGAUACUGUUGCAUUCUUUGCUAAAGGAUUCAAAUGUGGAGUAUUUAAACAGAAGCUUAUCCUGACAAACUUAGCUGUCAAGAAAUAAGCCUCCUGCUUAGAUGCCAAAGUUUAACAUUUAGAUCUAAUUUUUGAAAUGUUGGAUUUUAGUUUCAUACAUUGGAAGGAAGUCAGAGUGUUUGGGAUGUGGCAGAAGGUUAGGUAGAAACUUGAAUGAGAAUCUUGAGUUCUGUAGUAUUAUAAUGGGCACAGUUUCACUAGAUAAAUUUAAAGCAUAUCUAAAUAUGUUUAUCGUGCUUCAUCCAGAAAGUUGAUUACUAUAGGAACUACUAUGAUAGUACUAUAGGAAGCAGCAAGCUGUGCAUAGCUCCAUUCUGGUUUAAUGCUAUUGAUUCCUUUUCUUUCUUUCUUUUUUAGAAUUCUUUGUUUAUAGAGCUGGACUUGCAACAUAAUGUGAUAUUAUGUUGCCUGUCUAGAAUGUUAAGUGUUAGUUUCCAUUUAGGGUUAGAUGGCUGUUAUUGUUCAGUUCAACUUUAAUAGUAUAUUCCUGUUUCUUGUGUUACAUCCUUUUGGUUAGUCUAAAACAUGAUUUCCUCUGUGUGUUUCAGAUGGUUGUGCUAUUGUGUUAGACUCUUUUAAAACAUAGAUCUUUAUCCACACAUGAAGGAGCUGUGUACUUUGUGCUAAACUUAACAGUAGUGCAGUUUUCCUGUAGCCAUCAUGCUCUCACACUCUAGAUAUUGUGUACUGAAACAUCCUGGUUUCCCCCCUCCCCAACUUCAAAUUUAGACUUUUCUCACUCUAUAGUCCUGCAAAAGUGAUCUACCAAGGCUUGUUUUAUGUUUGCCUUAAAUUCAUCAUAUUGAUGAUAACAGUGAGAUUUUGUACUUGAUGGUGUUUGCUGGUUAUAAAUCAUCACCAAGUUUCCUGAACUCAUUACUAUGUGCUUUUUAAUUGAAAUGGGGCACUGGAGAAUUACCACUGUCUUAUAAGAUUGUUUACUUCGAGGUUUCCGUAUGCAGAACCCCUCUGCCCCUCUCCAUUGUUUAGGCAUGGGAUAAUAGUAUUGUUCUGUUGCCACUGUUGCUCUUAAUGAAUGCUCCGUACAAUCUUAACGUUUCUUCUUAACCUAAGGAGGGUUUACCUCACAUGAAAAUAACAGAGUAGAUUUUUUAAAUUUAUGCUAUAGAGCUGUCUGGAGAAGUUUUGAAAACUGGAAUUUCCAGAAUGUUGCAGAUCUUGGCUUUUAGACGUGCUGCUUCUCUGUUACAUCCAUCACGAGGGGAAAGUGCAAAAAAUAAUAGGCAUGCCAAAUUCUCAGAGCAUCUCUGGUGGCAGAUGCAUUGCUGAGACAAAUGUUAAACUAUUGCUCAGUAGUAGAAUAAAUUUUUGCUUAUGUGAUAUAUAACAUCGUUUUAGUCUCCAGCUUGUUUAUACCCGUCUCUUUUUCUCAUUUCGACUUUAGUGGCAUUCAUCUGUCUGCCCUGUGUCACAUGGCAAUCUACCUCAAAGUAUUUUCCAAGCACCUGGUAUAAAUUGCCACUGCUUUAGUGAAGUGUGUGGCCAAUCUUCGGAUGGGGAAGUGAACUAUUCUAAGUCAUUUUGCAUUUAAACACCAGAAUGUUAAUUAUUAGACCUUUUCUAUUCAUGAGUUUAGGUACCGUAGUUGAAUGGCUAUCAGUUUGGCAGCAAAAGGGUACUGAUUUCUGCAUACUUGAGGGACUCUCUAGGUAUACAGAAGCUAAAAUAAAAAAUAAAAAUUACUCUCCUCAAGGUGCAUGGAAUAUUGAUGUCAGUUGAGUGAACCAGAUAAAGCAAACCAGAUAUGGGGGUGGGAAUAGAAGGAAUUGACCUUCUCGGGCCCCUGACAGCUUACAGGAAGUAUGAUGGUAUAUAUUGCAUUGGAUUAAAAAACCUCUUCUCUGCAUGUUUUAGAAAUAAAGGAAAAUAUAUAUGUACAUGCAUUCUGGUUUGGAACCUGAGCCUUCUAGCAUAUAGGAACAUAGAAAACACAGAAAUCAGCCUUAGAGCCAGACUGCUUGUCCAUCUAGCCCUUUAUUGUCUCCUCGAACCAGCAGAAACUCCAGGAUCUCAGGCAGAGGUCUUUACCAUCACUUUCCACCUGAUUCUUUUAAGCAGCCAAAGGCCUUGGAGGAGAGGACUUUCCCCUUGCUUUCCCCUUUGAGAUAGAAGGCUCCUGUUCUGGGCUGGUUGGAGCCCUGAACAGGAGCAGUUAUUUUUCGUGUGCUGGGAAACACAACAGCAUUUCCUUGCAGGUGGCACUUGUAUGCUUAAUAUAUUUUUUUCAUCUGGGGUGAGCUUGACAAUUAUUUGUAUUGACAUGGCAGCUCCUGCAUUCCAAGGAGACAAUAUGCUGGCUCUUGGGAAUUCAAUAGAUCAGUAACUCAGCUGGUCCAUUGAGUCCAGACUUCCCUAAUUUGUUGCCACAACUUACUGAGUUAUUGUGAAUGCUUAGUUGUGUAUAUUGUUUAAAUACACAUGGGAUGAGACUUUUAAAUCCUAGAAUACACCCAAACUAAAACACCUUAAUUUUAAAAUAUUGAAACUUUUUUGUUUAUAGAAAUAACACCAGAACAAAUAGUCAAUUCAUGAAGAAUAUCAAUAUUUUUACUACUCAAACCUGGCAUUUCGCUUUCCCCUUGUUUACUUCUAUCUGAACUCUUUUAUCAAUGCCUCCAUUCUCUAUCUUCUCUUUCCCUCCCCCAUACACUCUUUCAGUGCUUCUAACUCUCCCCUCAACUUGUCAUUUUCAAAAUCUGUCAGUUGGAAUCCACCCAAAUGUCCCGUCACAUGCCCUUGCUGUUAAUCAUUCUCCCUCUUCUGUUACAGCCCCCUUCCCAACAAUUGUCUGAAUUUGAUGUUCCAUGACAACAGAAAAGAAUAUAAAUCAUGGUUUAAAUAGUACUACUGAAUUUCACAGGUCUGUAUUCCAUUUGCAGAGCUCAUUUGUAACACCCCUUUCCUGGAUCAAAUUGAAACUUCAGAGUUAAUAGAGCCAAUAUGUACAAUGCCCACUGAACUGUCACAGGUGUCAUGUUGAUAGUUCCUUUUAAGGAAUCUGAUUUGAAGAACCACAACUGGUAAUUCAGAGUCUCAGCCUCCUUCAGUUUAUCUGUUUCUUCAGAAACAAGAAUGAGGCCCACAUUUAAUCUAGGCAUACAUUUCUAAGAAGGAUGUUUCUUGUAGAGUCAUAGAAUAAUUAUUCAAAGUUCCAGCAAGGUUAGCAGUUCCUUGCCCUCCUGCAGUGACAAAUGCAUAUUCACCUGUAUCCCCAAGUUUAAUAUAUGAAUACAAUGGUCCGUUUGCAUCCACAGUCAGUUGAAUUUAUUUUCUGAUCCCUGCAUCUUGGCAGGUUCUAGACAUUAAAGCAAGAUAGAGUUCUUGUUCCCAACUUACCAAGGUUUCACAUUUCUUUUUCCUUUUGGUUGAGGUGAAGUCACCAAAGUUUUAUGUUGUAUUCACAGAUGUUUCUCCAGGGCUUAAGCCCGUCUGUUAUGUUAGAUUUAGAGUAUUCAGUAGCCUUUUUCUGAUUCCCAACAGCCAAGUCACUUUUCUACAGACUCAAAUCCAAAUCAUAGUUCUCUCAAGUGAAGUGUGUUGGACAGUCAUUUGUAUUGGCAUGAUGACUCAUGAUGUUGUAAGGGCCCCCAUACAAUUUCUGCAAACGCUUGCAGAAAUGAAUAUGCACCUACUGCCUCAACAGAAGCAAUCUUAAUAUGGUCUGCUACAGAAUCACACCUUAAGUUUUACUUCCUCCCUAUGUCUAGUCUUGCUGCUAACUCAGCAGUGGUGGAAAGGGUAUUCCAUACUACAUUAGCACAAGCUUCAGCAAAUUCAGGGUACUUUAUUUCACUAUUCCUUGGCAGGUGAAUUCUCGCUUGGAACCCUCUCAAGAUGGACUUCUGCAACUGUUCAUGCUCUUUUGGUUCCAAAUCACCAGUACUGCAAGCCACUUGCCCUGGUAUACCAUAAGGAGCGUGAACAGAGUGCAGGUCUCAACCGAACUCUUCUGCCUCCUACUUACAACUUGUACCCAGGCCACUUAACACCAUGAGUUGGCUCUUGGAGAGUGCUGUCUCUAAGCUGAAAUGCUGUGGCUCCUGAACCCUCUUUGUCACGGCUACCUGGGUGGUUCUGUGUAUGCACUCCACAAUCUCACAUUUUCCACAAUCUCACAUUCUCUGACUUCUCUUGUAAUAAUCUUCAAUUCAUUCUUCUUUCUACGUCCCUGAGCUUCAAUCCAUGUUUCCUCUGGGCCUUUUUCUCCCUCUACUCCAAUUCUUGGCUCUCUGUUUCAUUUCCAGACAGGACACCUCAAGCUCAGGCGCCAUUUUUAAAACCUCUAUGGAAUCAGGAUUCAUCCCUGCAUCUUUGUUACCUCCAUUGGAAUUUGGUGCUUUCUUAUAAGGCAUUAUCUAGCCUCUACUACCUCUCCAGACCAAAAUAACACUUGACUGCAUUGCUCUGGGUCUUCUCUUAAAGUUCUGAGUCACCAAAAUUCUGGGGUAUUCAGGACUUCACCAGUUUUAUCCCAUGAUUUCCAAAUUCCAUGAAUUUGGAUGCUACCACUUUGCUGCCAAGUUGGGACAUCUUGGGGUCCUAUAGAAGGCACCUGGGCAUCAUUAGGCUUGUUUUGUCAGCUGGUUCACUCAGUCUAGACUUUCCUUUUUCUCAGAACAACCUGCUACCUGCAUGGAUCAGCCAAAGAUGUGGGAUGACACUUUGAUCCUAGAAUCAUCAAAGCCAGAACACUUAGAUGAAUUUAAGAACAUUGGCUGUAUUUAUAGAAAAUAGUACUGGAACAUAUGUCAAAUGAUAAAGAAGAACAAAUUGUUUUACUAUACUAACCUGGCAUACCUGACCUCUCUUUACAGCUGUCAUAACUCAUUUACCCAUGCCUUUAUUCUCUCUCCCUUCAACUGUUCUUGCUCUGAUUCCAGUUUUUCAUCACACACCCUUGCUGUCCAUCAUUAUUCUACUGACUUUUCUGUUCCACAGUGGAUCUUCAGGAUCUUAGGCAGUUUCACAUUGUUUGCUGAAGCACAGCAGCAGAAGUCCUUGGUAGGGGGAGUGGGGGUCUUCCUCAUCCCUUUCCUUUCCCCCACAACAUCCAAAAAUCACUACAAGGCUCCUGCUUCAUGAUGUUUAGAGGUCCCAACAGGAAUGGCCCUUUUGGGGGGCCUGGGGAUGCACCACAGCAUUUUACUGCAGGUCCCCCUUGUACAUCUAAAGUUAUUUCAGUUGGGGUCUGUCCAUCAUUUGUAAUGGCACAGCAACAUAGGGAGCAAUCUUUGCUUUUUACAUUAGUGCUUGUUUUAUUUGCUGAUUUUUAAAGUAAAGGCUUGGAUCGAUUUCCACCAGUUAUCUCCACAUGUUACAUAACACAUCAUUCUAGAACAGGCACCCCCAAACAUCGGCCCUCCAGAUGUUUUGGACUACAAUUCCCAUCAUCCCUGACCACUGGUCCUGUUAGCUAGGGAUCAUGGGAGUUGUAGGCCAAAACAUCUGGAGGGCCACAGUUUGGGGAUGCCUGUUCUAGAUUCCCCCCCCCCAAAAAAAAACCUCAGGAACAGCAGCUGUAGCUAGAAGUCUGAGUGUGCACUGUUAUUUAGUCUGAGCGAGCCACCGUUAUUUAGUACUGGGAGUGCAAUGGCUACCACUGAGCCAGCUAAACAUUUAUUUGCUUUUUGACCAGGAGUGCCUUUAGCAGGAGAAGGCACAGGUUACCUUCUGGGAAGCAGCUUAUUACAUUGGGGUUCAAAUUUUCUUCCACCUUUUCCUUUGAACUAUUUUUUCUCUCUAUGUUGUAUGUUCAGUGUAGAGAAGCGGAAUAGCACCCAGCUGCCAUAUUCUGAAGGUUGACUCCUCCUCGUUCAUCGCAUCCCUGAUCUUGGUUCUAAAAGGUGGAAACCGUAGUAUAUUAAAUGUCUAGUAUUCUUAAUUACAAAAGCAUGUUUGCAUCUAAAGGCACAAGAGAUCCCUUUAGGUAUUGGUGUACACUCUUGUGGAUUGGCAUAAAAUAAUGGCUAGCUGAGUUGGCCACGUCCACAUCAUAGACUUAAGGCAUGGCUUCUUCCAAAGAACUGUGGUGACUGUAUUUUGUUACAGGUGCUGGGAAUUGUAGCUAAGGGGCAAACAACAGAUCUCAGGAUUCUUUGGGGGAAGCCGUAACUAUUAAAGUGCUACAAAUGUAGUUCCAGCGUAUAGUGUGGAUAUGAACAUUGCUGAACUGAACUUCAGUUUUGAUCCGCAUUGCUUUUGUAUUCUUUUGUGUUAUACAAAAUGUGCUUGUCUUGUUCAGCUUGUGAAAAAACAUUUUGCAAAUUGUUGCCUAAUGAGAUUAUUUUAAUCACUUUUCGUUAAAUUCACUUAACCGUUUUUAAAGCAUAUUUUAAAGGAGUAUUCAAAUUACUUUGUCAGAGUGAUGAGAUUGCUUCUGUACAUAUUACAAUUCUAACUGCUUUGUGUUUCCAUUUAACUAUAAUAACAAAGGUUAGGAUUGUGAGACUUCUAUCUGUGGAGAAAGUAUAAGCUGGUCCCAUCCUUGAUCUCGAUGUAUAUUGUAAAAUGAUACCAUACUCGGAUUGUAAAACUUUUUUGUGUGUGUUUCGUGUAUUAACAAUGUAUAUUGUGUACAACAAACUGUACAAAUCUUACUAGAAACACAUCUGAAAAGAUAAACUUAACUGCUGAGCAGUGUAUUGAGUUUUUAAGUGACAGGCUAAGGGUUUUUUCACAGCAAAUGGUGACUGACUGGUUUGUUCAUGUGAUAAAUAUAAAUCACCGUUUUUAAAUAUCAUCUUUGAAGUGCCUUUCUCCAUUUUUUAGCAAUUAAUUUAAAUGAAGUGCACAAAUAAAAAUAACUUAUGUCAAUUAAAAAAGAACUUCCUUGUGGCUUUCAGUGGUAUAUGUUGUGAAUUCCAUUAUAGUGUUCUGAGCAAUGGAUCAAGAGAUACAAAGUGUUUGAGUUGUAUCUGAGUUUUAAUUAAGUAGACACCUAUUUAAAUUGACCCAUACGAGUCAUGAGUGUAACUAAUACUAGUUAAAAUCCCUUUAUACGGAUGGAUACUGUGUUUAUGAUGCUUCUUCCUGGAAAGAUGGAUCAUAUAAAGAGAACCAAAGAGCUGCCAGAUCUUUGGCUCAUCUAGCUCAACUUUAUUCUGAUGCAGCAGCUGACAUGUUUACUUUAAUAUUGUCAUCUGAUAUAUUUAUUUUAAACUCUCUUUAACAUUGUAUUUUAAAAUUGCUGUAGCCCACCCUGGAUGUUGUGGUGAAGGGUGGAUAAGAAAUUGAACUAAGCUUUAUAACGUCCCACUUAUUUCUACCUCAAAUCAAGAGAGCCCCCUUAUCCUGUGUUUUUAGCCACUUUCUUCAAUGGAGUUUCAGAACAAUCUGUGUGCCAAUAGGUUAAUGCUGUGCCUGAAUUAAAGUUUACUUACAUUGUAGUGCUGUAGAUUUAUUACUUUUUAAAAUUUAAACUAGAAAUCACCAGAAAGAGCCUGACUCAGUGUCAGAGUGAACUAAUAAAACCAUGGCCAAGAUUCAGGUGGGGGUGUGGUAGCUAUUUUAUUUAUUCACUGGAAGGCCUCUAUGUGAUGAUACCUGAUGGCUCUGCUGUUUAUGAAGGGCAAGGGCAAAACCUAAUUGCAGUAUGAUAAAGAAAACAAGGCAAAACCUUGUGUGCUGAAUGAUGAUAAUUAAGCACAUUCAUGACAUUUGCCAGUUACACCCGGCUUAGGCUUAUGUAAAGAAUUAGUAUAAAUAGGAGGCACUGCAAAGGACAGGCAUGUACAUUAAUUCUAAUCCACUAAAGUGGUCCAUGAGCAAGCUUCUACUGUGGGGGUGGAAAUGGCUAACCUCUGGUUCUCUAACCUUCGGCCCUCCAGAUGUUUUGGACUACAAUUCCCAUCUUCCCCGACCACUGGUCCUGUUAGCUAGGGAUCAUGGGAGUUGUAGGCCAAAACAUCUGGAGGGCUGCAGUUUGGGGAUGCCUGGACUACAGUGUCUCCUCAUCCUGGACUACAGGUCAGCACUGUAGCUCAGUAACUAGCUAGAGGACCCCAAGUUAACUACCACUGCUGUGUAUCAAACCACUUUCUGAAUGAGGAACCAUAACAUAAAUGAAACAUGCUGCGGACAUCCCUAAAGGAGGUGAUUGAAUGAUCCAUGGUUUAGUGUUCAAUAUGUAGACAAUUACACAAAUGCAUAACUGCAGCAUUUCCACGUAAGGAGAGCGGACACACACACCCUCUUGUUCAUAUAAUCAGUUUAAUCAUUACACAUCAAUUUUAGCUUGUACAGUACUUUUGCGUAGUGGCAAGGUCCAAAAAAUACACUUAUGUACAUCUUUCAGUGCUUUUUCUCUGUUAAAAUUCCCCUAUAAAUUGAUUCUACUCUUUACUGCACUCAUUUGUACAAGAGCCCUGAGAAAUAAAAAUGUGUGGAUCGAGCUUUAACAAAAAAUCCCAAAAUUAGCAACCCUGAUCUGGCCAUAAGCCAUUUUUGUUACUCAUCUGAGCUUAACUGGAGUAACUUGGUGGCUCUUGUUGUGAUGAGGAUACAUAUGGAGCGCCACCGGUUCUGUGUGUCGAGCUGCCCACCACUACAACGGGAUCUUGGCUACUGUAGACAUAUAAAGGGAAACAAAGCAAAUGCCCUGUCUUUUGAUGAUCCUUGGCUGCUAAAUGUAGGCGUUCCCAUUCAAAGGCACUUUUUCCACUUGUUGAUUUACCAGUUUCAGGUAUCCUCCAUUGUUCUGCUCUUCAUUUCCAAAUAACAAAAGGUCAUGCUCUACUAAAGCUAAACAUUAAAAUCCUUGUUAUCUUUCUUGUUAAAAGUUCCUGAAACGCUGCCAUGGGCAGUACUAGAGCUAAAACACAAACACAGAAGUAUUAAGAUGCUUUUUGGCAAGUGAAGCUAUCAAUUACGAAGAUAAUAUGUUCUAUAAAAUCCGUUGAAUGCAUUGUAAAAAGCAGCAGGCGUGGUACAAAACUAGUUAACACAGCAUUUGGAACACUCUAGUAUUCUUAUACAAACUCCAGGAAUAUUUCACUUUGUUUUCUUCUCAAAGCUCAAGUUCGCUCUGUAAAAGAACACAAAAACAACAUUCAUACCUGAAAUACGUCAACAGAACCUUUCCACUUCUGUAAUAAGAGUAUUCUGCUCUUAACUAGUUCAGCUCUAAAUAUUAACUCCUUCCUGCUCCAACUUCCAACGAGCAGCCUUAAAGUUUUUAAAGAAAAGGCAGGCAAUAGAUAUUUAUAAAUAAUUGCAAAGUCACAGAAGAGUCAGCAUGAUCUCUUGUGCAUAUAAGAUUCGCAUCUGACUGUUACAAGGAAAACACUCUUCAGCAGAGGUCUUGCUAUUAACAUGACGUACCCGCUCAGUCCCGAACGCAGGUUUCCCGGCAAUCCUGUUCCGUCUCAAACCUAUUUAGGUUACCGUUGCAGCCUCCAUACCAAAAGCGAGCACAAGAAUUUACAUCCUUGGCAUAAUACCACAUCAUUGUAUAGUCUCGGCAGUCUCCGGUUUUCAUUGGUUCAAAACACCUGUCAUCUGGAAACAAAAUGGGUUGGGUUUUGCUUGUGUGUUUUUUUUCAUCUACUGAAACCUCAAAUUCUACAGAAACAUAAAAUCUUGGGCCUUGUCUUCCCCUGCUAUGGUGCUGUGAAUAGGUGCACCUGAGGUAUUUGGUAAUGGGAGGGUGUAUGUGUAGACAACAGCCACUCCCCUCUUUUCUACAACCAAGGCAAACCUAGCUUACUCCUGUGUUUGCCGGUUCUGCUAGUUUUGCUACAGAGCUGGGUUGUACACAGCACUAACUCUGGUUUGUGGGUGUGGCUCUCUAUUGUCCUUCUUCCCCAACCCUAGAAGAAGUAAUGUUGUAGUACCAUAGUUUUCUUUUUACGUUCUGUGUGGAAGCCCUUCAAGUUUGUCCACGUUCCAUUCAAAUACAGAGGUUUAUUUCAUUCUAUUAUUACCACUCUUGCACACAAAUAACUUGGGACGUCAAUGGCAUUUACUCCCAGGCUGGGAUUGGACAUACAAAACUCUCUGUCUACCCUGUUUAUCCGAAAAUAAGACGUAGCCAAAAAAUAAGCCGUAGCAGGAUUUUUAAGCAUUCAAGGAAUAUAAGCCAUACCCCGAAAAGACAUAGUGAUAGGUGCAGCAGCAAUGCCAGCCAUGGCAGGGGGGGGGGGAAGGAAAAAAAUAAGACAUCCCCUGAAAAUAAGCCAUAGUGUUGUUUUUUUAGGAAAAAUAAAUAUAAGACGGUGUCUUAUUUUCAGAGAAACACAGUAGUUAAUGUGCCCCUCUUGUGGCUGCUAUGUCCACAAACACACUGAUGACAUGCUAAAGACUGUAACCUGUGCUUUAUUCUGUCUUUGCCUGCUUCAGGCAAUGAAGUGAUCUAUGAAAAGAGGAAUAAAAUCUUUCCCCUUAACUGGUGACUUUGUUCUGUUGCCAUGUGAUAUCCUUUAAUUUCGCUGCCUCUAACUUCAACUUUGUGGGGAGGUGGCCUAUACAGUCAUACCUUGGAAGUCGAAUGGAAUCCGUUCCGGAAGUCUGUUCGACUUCCAAAACAUUCAGAAACCAAAGCGCGGCUUUUGAUUGGCUGCAGGAAGCUCCUGCAGCCAAUCGGAAGCCCCAUCGGCCGUUCGGGUUCCAAAAAUAGUUCGCAAGCCGCAACACUCACUUCCGGGUUUAUGGCGUUCAGGAGCCAAAACGUCUGAGAACUAAGCUGUUUGAAAACCAAGGUACGACUGUAUAAGCAAACUCAAGACUCAUAAAGGCCCAUAAAGUCUGUACAUAACUCAGUUGGUAGACCAUGAGACUCUUACUCUCAGGCCUGUGGGUUCAAGCCCUACGGUAUAUUGGGUGAAAGAUUCCUGCAUUGCAGGGGGUUGUACUAGAUCAGGCAUCCCCAAACUGCAGCCCUCCAGAUGUUUUGGCCUACAACUCCCAUGAUCCCUAGCUAAGAGGACCAGUGGUCAGGUAUGAUGGGAAUUGUAGUCCAAAACAUCUGGAGGGCCGAAGUUUGGCUAUGUCUGUACUAGAUGCUGCUCAUAGUACCUUCCAACUACUAUGAUUCCAUCCCUUAACCCUUCCAUUAGAAGAAUCCCUUCACACCUUUUGUAUGAGGCUGCAGAACAGCUGACAGAGGUUGCACAUCUCUAGUUACAUUAGAUACACGAGUUAUAUCUGGCUUGGGAGUUCUGAAUUCGAAAAACUCUUGUGCCUCAUGAACAGAAGGGGCGGCUGGUCGCCUGUGACUAUCAGGAAGUUGCUUAGGAGGAGCUGUAGUAACAUAGCGGUCCCAUUCAGAAUGUGACACGCCUUUCUCACUAGGAACCCCUGGCGAUAG